CAGAGUCAGGGGGAGGAGGGCGGCUCCAGGCUUCACUAUAUAAGCAGCUCCUCUCUGCCCUGGUCUGUAUUCCUGCAGUGAACACUAAUCCCCAGCGCGCGCCCGCCAUGUCUGGGAAGAAAGUCUUUGUUGUCUUUGGAGCCACGGGAGCUCAGGGGGGCUCAGUCGCUGAGGCUCUCCUGGCAGAUGGCACCUUCGCGGUCAGGGCGGUGACCCGAGACACCAGCAAACCAGCAGCGGUGAAGCUGAAGGAGGCCGGAGCGGAGGUCGUGUCUGCAGAUCUGGAGGAUGAGAAAAGUCUGGAGGCCGCACUGAGUGGAGCUUAUGGGGCGUUCGUGGUCACCAACUUCUGGGAGCAUUUCAUCAAGGAGAAAGAGAUCAAACAGGGUAAACGGAUUGCAGAUGUGUCCAAGCGUCUUGGUCUGCAGAUCAUGGUCUUCAGUGGUUUGGAGAAUGUGAAGAGACUGACCGGGGGGAAGCUGGAGGUGCUGCAUUUUGAUGGGAAAGGAGAGGUUGAAGAAUAUUUAAGACAGAUCGGGGUCCCCACAGUCAGUGUCCGGCUCCCCGGUUACUACGAGAACUUUCUGACCUUCUUCAGGCCCCAGAAGAACAAGGACGGUGAUGGCUACAGUUUAGCUGUCCCGAUGGGUGAGGUCCUUUGGGACGGGUUUUCUGUAAAGGAUUUGGGCGGUGUGGUUGUUGGCAUCCUGAAGUCCCCAUCAGAGUACGUGGGCAAGGACAUCGGACUCAGCACAGAUAAGCUGACAGUGGCGCAGUACGCAGCCAUAUUGUCCAGCGUCACCGGCAAGGACAUCAAAGACGCCAAGGUCACCCUCAAACAGUAUGCCAACUUUGGCUUCCCCGGAGCACAAGAACUGGCCAGCAUGUUCGAGUUCUACCAGAUGAUCCCUGACCGGGACGUGGCGCUCACCCUAAAGCUCAACCCUAAGGCCAAGAAUUUCCAGCAAUGGAUUGAGGCGAACAAGGAGGCGUUCAAGGAUUUGUGAAAUAAUUCAUGGCACUUCCCCUGCAAGGAAAGUAGACUGUGAAAUACUGGGGGGGACAUUGGUUGCAGUACUCAACCCCCAAUCAGAUUUCACGUGUCAUGUCUGGGACGCCCUAUGGAAUUUGACCACUGUAACCUGAUUAGUUGCUAUAGGUCACGUCUUCUCCUCUUUUACACUGGUUCUGCUGAAGCUGCACCAACGUUCACUGGAAUCAAAACCGUCAUAACACUAAAUGUUCUCUGCUGACAUCAUCGCCCUGUCUGACCGGCGGUGCGAGCAGCCUGGCAGCUGUUUUCUACAUUGUGCUAAUAAAAAUAAUUCUAAUAA